AGGGAGUUAUUGUUUAAAAGAUACAAAGUUUCAGUUUAAAAUGAUAAAACUUUUCUAGGAAAAAUAGUGGUGAUGUUAAUUUAACACUGUGUAUGUGGUUAAUUUCACUUGAUUGUGUAUUUUAAAGUGGUUAAAAUAGCACAUUAUUCACAGAAGUGUGAAAAAUAGACUUCUAUUAUAUAAUUCAUCCAGGCUAAGGUGUGUGUUAUGGCAGCUGAACCCCAUGAAUACAUCAUCUGACCCAGUGUUUUAAUGAAAGGCAUCAGUAUUUCAAUCAAGUUAGCUGGAAGCUCCUGUCCCCAGGAGAACCAGAGGCCCCAGAACGAGAGCUCCAGCAGAGGAACAACCAGCACAGGGUCCCAUAGGGCAGCCUCAAUGUCAGGCCCUGGAUGGCGUGUGAGGCUACAAUGAUACAACCACAACUUGAAAAUGUAAGUAUUUUUACUACUUACAGACACUAGGGAGCAUUCGACACACCUGGAGACCACAGACACAGAGGUCAGUGAGCCCAGGCAGGGAGGAGAGAAGAGACCGGUAAGCCAAUGGCUUUAUUAAGUCCAGGGUGUUAUCUGACAGGUUUCCAGCAGGGAGCUUUAAUGGAUGUGUUGAAAGCAAGCAGCAAACACUGGGACCAGGAGCUCACGCUGUGACUGAGAGGUGGUCACUUUAAAUGUGAGGGUGAAUGUCAGAAUUAUCAGUUUAAAGAAAGCAGCUGGAGAGAGGGGAGCCCAGCACACCAAGCAGGAGAGAUGCCUCGAAGAUUUUAUCUCUGGCCACCAACUGGAGCCACUUGAACCAGAUACAGUAUUGAAAACUGCCAUGGUGACCAAGCCCUGCCUUUGCUUUGAGGCAAAUAAACUUACACCUUCAAAAAUGAAUGCCAACGCAACAAGACACUAUGAGCAUCAUGAUAUCCAGGGACACCAGCACGGUGUGGUACUGUGCCCUGGAGUCAGAAUCCUGGGUUCUGGUCCCAGGGGGUGAGAAAAUGAAAACGACUUUUCCCUGCCCCCCUGACAUUGAUCUUCCCACCCUGCUUCUCGCUCUUCUGCUCGCAAGCCCACGAGCACUGCUAAGCCGCAGACAUCACUGCCCCCAGCUUUCACAGAAGCUGACAAAAAUCUGCGUUUGGGACAUCUGAUUGUGAAAGAGGGAGAACAGUGAACAUAGAGCCACAGAGACUGGGACUCACGGGGCUGGAAGGUGAUGGAGCUGUAACAUAACAUAUGUGUGACCUCGUGUGAAGUGUGCAGAUCCAUGUGGAAUAAAACAUGCAGCCUGGCCUGGGAUUGCCGCCGUUCACGCUUCCCUCCCUGUCCACCAGAGGGCGACAGACUCCCUUCCAGCCUGGAGCCUUCCCAGGGGAUGCCAACCUCCCUCAGCGGAACCCACAGCCCAGCAGGGUCCACCCUCACCAGGGUCACUUCCGCCCAAGUCCUCAGCGCCCUCCAUGCUCCCCACACGGACUCUGUCAGCUCCUCCCUGACCUGGUGGCCGCCAACCCAACACCACUCCCUCUGCAGGUAGCUCCUGCCCCACACACCUGCUCCUUCCCUGGGCCCAGCUAAAGGCAUCUCCCAGGGCAGCGCUGGUGCACACGACGCCACACUGGGAGCUUUCCCCUCAUGACCUCCCUCCAUCCUCAUCAACUCUUUCUGUCACUGCUCCCUAAAUACCCACCCCUGCUCCAUCUGUCCUGUUCUCUGGGGCAUCCCAGGCCAAGCCUAGCGCUGACACAGAACAGUGGCUGCCUGAGGGUUCACAGCCUCCCCAGAAAUCAGCCAGGCACCCUGUGAUCUGCCGGCCCGCUGCACCCCGGGGGGCUCAGAGCGCGUGUGAUGGUCACACACAGGCAUCAUCCGGGAUGUGGCCACCUACCCCCAGCAGUCCCUUGGGAAGACAGACCUCUCCUGUGUGCUUGUGGGGAGAAGGGGGAUGUUAUUACUCUUUGCUCCCAGAACACAACUCACCCCCACACGCCCUCUCAGCUGUGAGCAACGUCCCUCCAGACAGGCUCUCCGGCCACUGCCUGUUCCUCCUCCACAGAGAGCAGCUUGGCCACGUCAAAACCCUCAGGACAGACCCCUGGGUAUGUCAGCACAUGGAGGGCUGAGCCCAUCACGGCCACGGAGUAAGUCGGGAUGAAUCUCUCCAGCUCUGAACCCCUGCUCUGUCCCAGGCUCCCCCUCCUGCGUCUCAACGAGCCAUGUCCCGUGGGGUUCCUGGGUAACUCCCCACUUCCUCCUGCACCACCACGGGGAAGGUGUGGUGACCACAGGACAGUCAGCUGGGGAGAGAAGAGAGGAUAUCAAAGAUGAUCAGGAAGAACAUGAGAAACCCUGAGCUUCUGCUCAGCAGCCAGCCCCCAGGGAGGCAUAGAGUGACCGAGAACUGUCCCUUUGACUAGGGGACUCAUAGCCCCCACUGAGCAACCAGCACAGGCCUCUCCUCCCAAGAGGCAUGAGAGAUUCACCCUGCACACCUCCAGGAAGGACAGUUUCCUCUGGGACACCCAGGUCCUGAAUGUCCACCCUUGGAAGCUGCAGCCAAGCUAGACACGGUUAGAGAAAGGAAGGGUGCCUCUCACCAGGCAACACACACCUCACCCACAGCACAAUGGGGCAUCACUGUGACAGGGACUUGGUGCAGCUCCAGCCUCCUGCACUGCAGGGGAGAGCCAGAUGGGGAUGAAAGAGGGCAAAAGGUGUGAAUGUGCACCCAGACCCAGAGCCAUGGGGACAGCAGCAGGCUGAGGUCCAGGACUCUGCCUGCCCAAUCUGCAGGGCAUGUGUGGGACUGUGUGGGUCUGUGUGUUUCUCUUCUGUGUGCGUGUGUGUUUUUGCGCAUGUUUGUGUCUGCACAAAGUGUGUGUUGAGGUUUGGUGAAAGAAUCACUGCUGAAAAAGGCAGAGGCCUCCACAAUUCUCAGGGACCUGAAACACAGACAAAAGGAAAAACAGAAGGAGGGACAAGGAGGCAGGACUGAGAGAGGAGGGGACAGAGAGGUGUCCUGGGCCUGACCCCGCCCAUGAGCCUGAGAAGUGCUCCUGCCCCGGGAAGAGGCUCAGUGCAGAAGGAAGAAGGACAGCACAGCCGACAGACGUGCUCAGGAAGCUUCUGGAUCCUAGGCUCAUCUCCACAGAGGAGAACACGCAGGCAGCAGAGACCAUGGGGCCCCUCUCAUCCCCUCCCUGCACACAGCGCAUCACCUGGAAGGGGCUCCUGCUCACAGCAUCACUUUUAAACUUCUGGAACACGCCUACCACUGCUCAAGUCACGAUUGAAGCCCAGCCACCCAAAGUUUCUGAGGGGAAGGAUGUUCUUCUACUUGUCCACAAUUUGCCCAAGAAUCUUACUGGCUACAUCUGGUACAAAGGGCAAAUGAGGGACCUCUACCAUUACAUUACAUCAUACGUAGUAGACGGUCAAACAAUUAUAUAUGGGCCUGCAUACAGUGGACGAGAAACAGUAUAUUCCAAUGCAUCCCUGUUGAUCCAGAAUGUCACCCGGGACGACGCAGGAUCCUACACCUUACACAUCAUAAAGCGAGGUGAUGGGACUAGAGGAAUAACUGGACAUUUCACCUUCACCUUAUACCUGGAGACUCCCAAGCCCUCCAUCUCCAGCAGCAACUUAAACCCCAGGGAGGCGAUGGAGACUGUGAUCUUAACCUGUGAUCCUGAGACUCUGGACGCAAGCUACCUGUGGUGGAUGAACAGUCAGAGCCUCCCUGUGACUCACAGGUUGCAGCUGUCCGAAACCAACAGGACCCUCUUUCUAUUUGGGGUCACAAAGUAUAUCACAGGACCCUAUGAAUGUGAAAUACGGAACCCAGUGAGUGCCAGCCGCAGUGACCCAGUCACCCUGAAUCUCCUCCCGAAGCUGCCCAAGCCCUACAUCACCAUCAACAACAUAAAUCCCAGGGAGAAUAAGGAUGUCUUAACCUUCACCUGUGAACCUAAGAGUGAGAACUACACCUACAUGUGGUGGCUUAAAGGUCAGAGCCUCCCAGUCAGUCCCAGCUUAAAGCAACCCAUUGAAAACAGGAUCCUCAUUCUACCCAGUGUCACGAGAAAUGAAACAGGACCCUAUCAAUGUGAAAUACGAGACCGAUAUGGUGGCAUCCAGAGUAACCCAGUCACCCUGAAUGUCCUCUACGGUCCAGACCUCCCCAGAAUUUACCCUUCAUUCACCUAUUACCGUUCAGGAGAAAACCUCUACUUGUCCUGCUUCGCGGACUCUAACCCACCGGCACAGUAUUCUUGGACAAUUAAUGGGAAGUUUCAGCUAUCAGGAGAAAAGCUCUCUAUCCCCCAGAUUACUACAAAGCAUAGCGGGCUCUAUGCUUGCUCUGUUCGUAACCCAGCCACUGGCAAGGAAAGCUCCAAAUCCGUGACAGUCAAAGUCUCUGACCGGACAUUACCCUGAAUUCUACUAGUUCCUCCAAUUCCAUUUUCUCCCAUGGAAUCACGAAGAGCAAGACCCACUCUGUUCCAGAAGCCUUGUAAGACGGAGGUGGACAACUCAACGUAAAUUUCAUGGGAAAACCCUUGUACCUGAAGCGUGAGCCACUCAGAAUUCAACAAAAUAUUCGACACCAUAACAACAACCACUCAAACUGUAAACCAGGACAAGUUGAUGACUUCACACAGUGGACAGUUUUUCCCAAGAUGUCAGAAUAAGAAUCCCCAUCAGGAUGAGGCUCUCACCGCUCUUAACUAUCCUUGCUCAUGCCUGCCCCUUUCACUGGGCAGGAUAAUGCAGUCAUUAGAAUUUCACAUGUAGUAGUUUCUGAGGGUAACAACAGAGUGUUAGAUAUGUCAUCUCAACCUCACACUUUUACAUAACAUCUCAAGGGGAAAUGUGGCUCUCUCCAUCUUGCAUACAGGGCUCCCAAUAGAAAUGAACACAGAGAUAUUGCCUGUGUGUUUACAGAGAAGAUGAUUUCUAGAAAGAGUAGGAAAGCUGAAAUUAUAGUAGAGUUCCCUUUAAAUGCACAUUGUGUGGAUGGCUCUCACCAUUUCCUAAGAGAUACAUUGUAAAACGUGACAGUAAUACUGAUUCUAGCAGAAUAAAACAUGUAUCACAUUUGCUAA